AUGAGUUCCAAGAAAUACGCCUUCGUCCCUAUGGAUGACGAUGAGGUCGGUCCUCAGAAGGUCGCAAAAGAUAGGAAGCAGCGGCACCGACGUGAUCGCGACAAGUACGAAAAGCCAUCAUCCAGGACCUCCAAGUCUCGUCGAGACAGAAGUCGUUCUGGCUCACCUCGACCCUCUUCCCAUUCAAGUCGCUCCAAAAGCUAUCGCCGACGCAAUGACGGAGGAGAUUUUAGCGAUCGAUGGGCAGAUGAGGAACCUCCUUCCGAUGACCCCGACGCGCGGGCACCAGACAAUGAACCCGAGUUCCAGGAAUCAGCAAGCAAGCGAGUGAAGUUGAGUCACGAUGACCCUGACAAAGACGACGCAGAACUGUCAGAUGGGGCCAAAGAGGAGCUUGCAAGACAAAAGGACAUUGAGGAACGCGAGGCUUUUGCAAAACGAUUAAAGGAAAAGGAUGAUGAAAGAUCUAAAAAGAACCUGCGAGAUGGAGAGUCUUCAUCAAGACGGAAACUGGCAGAUGAUGCUGCUGCCAGAGACGCUGCUCUGCCAGAUCUCCGAGAAAGAUCCCGUCAAGAGUAUCUCAAGAAGCGCGAAACCGAGCGACUUGCGCUACUGCGAAAACAGGUGGCGGAAGAGACGGCAGAGCUGCGAAGCGGUGUCAGACUGUCUGAAAAAGAAAAGUCCGAGUUUGCUAAGAACAGGGAGAUUCUGCGUCUGGCCGAAGAGAGAUUGAAAAUCGAUGAUCAUCGCGACGGUUAUUCCAUGCCCGAAGACUAUAUAACCGAGAAGGGAAAGCUGGACAGAAAAAAGAAGGAGGAAGCUCUAUACAAGAGAUAUGUCGAAAGGGAUGAAUUCGGCCAAGAAAAGUUUGUCACCGAGCAUGAGGAAUGGGAGCGAGAACAGGCCGCCAAGGCCAAAGCGCAGAUCCAGCGAGCAGAGAUUGAAAAUGAGGACUAUGAUUAUGUUAUGGACGACCAGCAAUAUAUUCAAUGGAGCCUUGACUCAAGAAUGGCCGGCGAGGGCAAGACGAAGGAAAAAAUAUUCUUAGAGGCCCAGAUUGACGCCGCCGAGAAGAAAGCCCUUUCUAUCCAGGAGACUCGCAAAAGUUUACCCAUCUACCAAUACCGAGAUGAGUUUCUGGCUGCAUUGGAGCAGUACCAGAUAUUGGUCAUUGUUGGAGAAACUGGCAGUGGAAAGACAACACAACUGCCCCAGUACCUACACGAAGCUGGGUAUACAAAAAAUGGCAUGAAGGUAGGCUGCACACAGCCCCGUCGAGUCGCUGCAAUGAGUGUCGCUGCUCGUGUGGCGGAGGAAGUUGGCGUCAAGGUUGGAAACGAAGUUGGCUACUCGAUUCGUUUUGAGGAUUGCACCAGCGAUAAAACAAUUCUCAAGUACAUGACGGAUGGCAUGCUGCUUAGGGAGUUUAUGACAGAGCCAGAUCUGGCUGGGUAUUCAGCACUGAUGAUUGACGAAGCACACGAACGGACAGUGCACACUGACAUUUUACUUGCCCUUGUCAAGGAUUUAGCACGGGAAAGAAAGGACCUUAAGCUUCUCAUCUCUUCAGCUACUAUGAAUGCGGAGAAAUUCGCCAACUACUUUGACGACGCACCGAUUUUCAAUAUUCCCGGUCGAAGAUACCCUGUUGACAUUUACUACACGCCCGCCCCCGAAGCCAACUACCUGGCCGCUGCUAUUACAACCGUUUUUCAGAUUCAUACGACGCAGCCCAAGGGCGACAUUCUCAUCUUUCUCACUGGGCAAGAUGAGAUCGAGGCUGCGGAACAGGAGAUUACAGAAACAGCAAAAAAGCUUGGCAGCAGAAUAAAGGAACUGGUGAUUUGCCCAAUUUAUGCCAACCUGCCAUCGGAUCUACAAGCCAAAAUCUUCGAGCCGACGCCUGAGGGGGCUAGAAAAGUUGUUCUUGCCACCAAUAUUGCCGAGACCAGUCUGACUAUUGACGGAAUUGUCUAUGUCAUUGACCCUGGAUAUGUGAAAGAAAACAUUUACAAUCCUGCCACCGGCAUGUCAAACUUGGUUGCAGUACCCUGCUCUCGUGCAUCCGCCAACCAGAGAAGUGGGCGUGCCGGUCGUGUCGGGCCCGGAAAAUGCUUCCGCCUGUAUACAAAGUUUGCGUACAUGAACGAGAUGGAUGAGUCAACUACGCCGGAAAUUCAGCGAACAAACCUCAACGGAGUUGUUCUACAGCUGAAAUCGCUCGGCAUCAAUGAGCUGCUCGACUUUGAGUUUAUGGAUCCACCUCCAACUGAAGCACUAAUCGGCGCCCUGAAUCAGCUGUUUGCCCUGCAGGCCCUUAAUCACAAGGGCGAACUAACCAAGAUGGGCCGUCAGAUGGCUGAGUUUCCCACCGACCCCAUGCUGGCCAAGGCCGUGCUGGCUGCCGACAAGGAGGGCUGUGUCGAGGAAGUGCUGUCCAUUGUCUCCAUGCUCGGCGAGGCUUCCGCCUUAUUCUUCCGACCCAAGGAUAAGAAAAUCCACGCCGACAGUGCUAGAAACAGAUUCACCGUCAAGGAUGGCGGAGACCACGUCACUUUACUCAACAUUUGGAAUCAAUGGGUCGACAGCGAUUUCUCGCCCGUCUGGUCACGCGAAAACUUUUUGCAACAGCGGUCACUUACCCGCGCUCGCGACGUGAGGGAUCAGCUGGCGAAGCUUUGUGAGCGAGUCGAGGUGUCACCAUCGACAUGUGGCGCCAACAAUCUUCGGCCCAUCAAGCGUGCCAUUACAGCCGGCUUCUUCCCCAACGCUGCGCGGCUGCAAAAGAGCGGCGACAGCUAUCGCACCGUCAAGAAUAACACGACGGUGUGGAUCCACCCCAGCAGCGUGCUCAUGUCGGUCGACCCCCCUGAAAAGAUGAUUAUAUACUUUGAGCUGGUGCAGACGACCAAGGAAUACAUGCGCGGGGUGAUUCCUAUCGAACCGAGGUGGUUGGCCGAGCUGGCGCCGCACUUUCACAAGAAGAAGGAUGUUGAGGCCAUGGAGGAGAAGAAGAUGCCCAAGCAGAGAUAG